AUGAAUGAGGAAUGCAUUAUAAGAAAACUGGUGGCAGAUGGUCACGGAUGUGGAGAUGACAAGCGAUUCGCAGUAUUGGCAUCGUUACUGAUCAAGUCGAUGAAGGAUCCAGAAACGGCUCAGAAUAAUUUACCACGAAUCAUGCAACUAUUGGACGCCGCUGAAACAUCACUCCAUAAACAAAGGUUGAUCGCAACAAUGAAUGAAGAACAAAUAGAGAAAUACAAACGGAUGGCUCAAGAAAUUGAUAAUGAGAUUGUUUGUGCGCAUGAGAGGAUGCAAUCGGCCAAAAAGGAGCUGGAGGCAGCGAAGGUGAUUCGACGGAAUAAAGAGGAGUACGAGGCUCUGGCGAAUGUCAUACAGCAGUUUCCGUCACGUCAAGAUACGAAUAAAAAGUUAGAGGCAGUCAAGGAAGAUUUGGAAUCACAGCACGAAAGACAACGGAAAUUGGAAGCGAAGCUAGCCGAACGGAGGAAUCAUCUGUACGCGUUCAGUAUUAUCCUAGCAAAUGUCAAUGCCUUCCUGAAAGAAGAAGAGGAAGGUAGCAGCGCAACAAAUGCAUCUUCGGAUAGUAUCAUCGGGAGCGGCGACGUGGAAAUGAUCGAUGAAUCAUGA